AUGAGGGAAGAAACGGUCGAGUGCCGGGUUGCGCGUGUUCGCGAGGAGGCCUUUAGCGUGAAAUACCAGCAAGCCAGCUCGGAUGUGUACGAAUUUGUCGUGGCUUGA